GUGAUUGGUGUUUUUUUUUCGUGUGUCAUCAACAUCGAUUGGUUGUGGACCUGUUUCUGUCAAUAGGUGGCGUUGGUGGCGGGGUUGGGAGGGAGUGAAAGCUCAUGGUCUGGAUGGUUGAAGGGGAGUGUAAAGGGAAGGCCCCUGAUAACCUGCCACGGGGAAGCAGCAGAGUUGUGACAAGUAUGGACAAGGAGAUUGAUACCGCAGAAGACUCGAGACUGACAGUAUGCCAUGCUGGCAUGCAUGGCAUUGGGGAUCGAGACCGAUGCAAUGGUGACCUAGAAGAAGAAGAAGAGGAAGAGGAGGGGGGGAAUGCUGAUUCCAAGAAGAAAGUCAGCUGUGAUGGCAGUGUCUCGAAAAGUGAAAACGCUACACCAAGCUGUGGUGCAGCAGAGGGAACGUACGAAGGGUACGGAAGCCCUUUCAAGGAUCGCUCGCAUGUCCUCAAAGGGGUCUGCAAUACAGGGAAGGAGGUUGGGAUGAACCCUGCUGCAGGCGCAGUGUCUAUGACUGGCGUGAUGAGAGGGCUGUGUAACCCGAUGAAGGGGCCAAGCUCCCGUAGGACCGGUUCACGUCCUCGGCAGACUAUAGCUGCCCCCGGCUUGGGCGAAAGACUUGUUCUACUGAAUAGAACUACUCGGGAAAUGGGUGCGCAGGCAAUUGCCGGGACCGGAGCGACUACCGGGACCGGCUCUAGAACCGGAACGCUUACUGGAACUGCGAGCGGAAUCAGUUCUGGGACCAAAACUGGAACCGGAACUAGUUCCGGGACUGGAACGGCAAGUGGACCUGGGACCCGAACUGGAACUGUGGCUGGAAACGAAUCGGGAAAUGGAAUGAUGGUGUAUGAGGUGAGGGCAGUGCGGAGGAACUUGGAGAGUUGUGCUUCUCAACAGGCGAGGCAGAGCGGGCAGGCAGGUGCUGCACUAGCGACCAGAGGUGCAACCAGCAUUCUCACGGGAUCUGAAAGUGCAAGCGACACGGCGGCGAGUGAGAAUAGGGGAGCUGGAAGGGACUUGGCGAGUGGAGCUUCCCACCAGGUGAAGCAAAGGGUUGGCAACGUUGAAGGUGGCUGUGACGUCAAAGAGGAAAGGACGCUAGGGGAUGAUGUUGAUGGCGGGGGGGCGGUUGACAGUGGUGCUGACGUGGCUGUUCAAAGAGUUGCAGCAGAGCCUACUCAGCAGAGAGUUUUGGGCUUGGAGUCUAAUGCCUCAGUGUUGGCCAGAUCAAUAGAUUGCGGCACUGUUGCCAGAUUGGGGGAAUCGGGGGAAUGCACGGCUGUGGAAGGUGUUUGGAGCAAGGGAGAGUGCAGCGGUGUGGCAAAGCUCGGAGAAGAUCAUCUGCAGAUGUCAAGAGUGGCAGUGAUGAGAGGGGUUGGGAAUGGGGGUGUGAAAGUGAAUGGUCAUCCGCAUCCAUUUGCUGCAGGGAUGAAACUGGGUGCCGAUGUAGCACGUGAGGCUGAGGGAGUGGGUAGGUGUGAGCGUGGGAGUGGUGCUGAUGCGGAGAUGACAAGGGGCUUGCCUCAGUUUGCAUGGAUGGAAAGCUUUGGGGCCGGAGUAAGUGUGCAGAAGGGGUCCGAGGCAGGGUACAAGGGGGGGAUGGCAGUGGCUGGAGCACCCCUUCCGGUGGAUGGUGCUCAAGGGAAGGUGCCGCCGGUGGUGGCGUGCGCAGUCAAGGGUAGAGUUCAAUUGAGUUGGAGGGAUUCCCCCUGCCUGAUGGGCAGUGGACGGGUGGGAGGGAAAGCGGGAAAGGGCGGCGGCAGUGCAUUUGUCGACAUUGCUAGCAGAAGAUGUGGUGGGGAGAGCCGCAGCUCAAGCGAACGAGUGAGUGAGAGGGGACCCAGUUGCAGGCUUGGUAGCUGGAGCAAAUGGAGGGCAGAUGCAGAAGCCCAGGGCUGUGCAAGACGAGAAGUGGCAGAUGCUGGGUGCGAAAUGCAGGACCACGAACUGGAACUGCAGCGGGACCGGGAACUGGAAAUGCGGCGGAUGUCUAAUGGCAAUCAGAGUGGAUCGAGCAAUGAGAGUACGGUGGGGGAAUUUGAGGAGAGCAAGCCUGGCGCGGCUUCUCGAGCUUGUGUCGGAUGCGGCACGAUGAAAACACCUCUUUGGCGAAGUGGGCCAAGCGGACCUAAGUCCCUUUGCAAUGCUUGCGGCAUACGGCACAAAAAGGCCAGUAAGCUUAGGGCUUCGAUGAGUGGCGAAGAUAACACAGAACCGAUGAUACGGAUCACGCUGGCAGCGAAGUCGAUCAAGUCAGGACCACGGAAACGCAAAGCUUCUGCCAGGGAGCAGAGUGUGAAUACUGUGGAGUUGCCUGUUGAGCAUCAUGUGUCUGGGAGUGUGGAGGUGUGUGCUUCUGUUGCAACGGACAGCACAGCACCUGUGGAGGGAUGCUGCCCAUCGUCCUCCCCUCAGUCCCAAUCAGAUCACUUCCCUUUGAAGAACAAGAUGUGGAUGGGCAUGUCGGCAAGGGUAAUGAAGAAAGGUCGAACGGUGGUUGUUGACCCCGAAAGAGAUGCAAGCAGGGCAAUGGCAGGGGAUGAGAGGUGUCGGUCAUCGAGUUGCAGCGAAGCCGGAGAGGGCGAUCACACGAGAAGCAGUGCUGAUAGCUGUGUAACUCUGCAGGGCUCCCCUCCCUCCAUGGUGAGCCAGCUGAUGAAGGGGGCAGGAUGCAAUGCAGCCGCGGCGGCUGCGUACAUGAAGACCAGUCCAUCGUCAACUGCAGUGAUGGGACUGUUCCCAAGAGUAUCGUCGGGACAGGGCCGCCCUGACACACAUUGUGUGGAACCACCUAUUGGGUGGGGUGGCAGAAGGGCCAGGGCUGGAGAAAGGAUGUCUCAUAAGGACUGGGCCCGGAAACGGAAGAGCAGUCUUGAGGGGCCAGAGAUCGCUGAAGAUACAGGGGUGCGAACAAAACUUGGAGGUAGGGGACCCUCCGAUGAAGUCGAAGGGGCUAUUCUUUUGAUGACGCUGUUUAAAGGAUGUCCCGUUCGGACGACAAGGCAGAUGCCGAGGAAAAGGGAUUUCCCCGCCAAGAUGGACAAGAGGGUGGAGGAGCAAACGACAUGGUAUGGCGCCGAUUUGGUAUGGAGCUGAGUCUCUUGUUUUCUUUUUCUUUUUUUUUUUUUUUUUAUCGGCUCGUCAUCCAUUUCAUGAAAUUUGGUUGGUGGCACUUGGUGCAGAAUGCCCUUCUGAGAAGUUCUGACACAUCAUGGGCGGGCGGUUUCCAGGGAGGGUAGUCAGGGGAAUGGGAGGAUGUCGAUUACCACCCCUGCAUAGAUAGGGUAGGGGCGAACAGGUUGUGUCGAAGGGCUUGAGCUUCUCGGUCCCCUUGAUCGUCAUAGUUCCAAAUCUGGGUCCCCUCCACUCUCGGUAUGUCUCGCGGGGCGGACUCUGUUCCCCCCCGCUUUGCCAGUAAUCAUUAUGCCAUUCGGGAACUGCAGCGACGGCACUGCAGCUAUGCUUCUCCGUAGCUACAGCACUGGAGUGACGGCAAUGCAGAGACCGAUUUGCAGAGCCUUCACUGUAGUGCUGUGCUGCAGUGCUGAGAUGCUGGAGUGUGGCGUUUAGAGCGAAUGGAGCUGCAGUUGCAGCAGCAUAGGUUUAGUGUGUGUGCGCGUUGUUGCAAGACGUAGAAUAGGAAGGAUGUGCGUGUUCACCAGUUGCCAGACCGCACCAUAGUCGUUAGUUCUGGGCUGCUGGUCAUCACAUGACCGGCCCCAGACGGGGGGUUUUAUCGCAACUAGGCAAUCAUUUCGCUCUCUUGUAUAUCACAGCUAAUGGUCAGGGAUCAUUAUUCCUUCCAGGAAGAAUUACGCAGCCUGCCGUUUGGCACAUCAGUGAUGUGUAUAGGAUGUGAUCGACAGAUCGAGACAUCCUCUAUAUGCCUCCAUCUGCAACCCUCUCCUUGUGCUUCCUUCUCCGUCAGCUGAAUGCAAAAGCAUUUGAUUUUCUUUCUGUUACAUGCUGGUGUGUUCUUCGUCGCGGUUCUGUGCUCUUGUUUGCGUCCAUUUCUUUCUUUUUUCUGCCCCCCUCCUUCCCUUCCUUGAUGUAGGUGGUUCCCUGGUGAUAUGAUGACGGUGGGCAUUCGGUUCGGCCUCUUCGCCUUCAACCAUUAAUUGUUGCUUUGUAGUCAGCUUGCACUGUUUAUAAUCUGACCUUACGCACCUCUGCACUUCACUCUAGGUUACCUAGUUUUGCUCUUCGUGGGCUCAGGUUGCGUAUAGCGCAAUGUAUUAGAAGAAGACCCGCCGUUCAGCGCGAAAAGGAGAGGGAUGUGUGCUAUAGCUCAGCAGACUGGAUACUAGCUUGCUGACCCUGCUGACUAGUGAGUGGUGCAGAGGUGUGAGGAUGGGAAGUGACUGCUUCCCCUCGACGAAUAGUGGAUGGCCUCGUGAUCCGUUCAAGUGUUUUUUCUAUGAUAUCGUGAUUGUUGCUAUCCUCAUCUUUAUGGUUUUGCUGUCAAUAUGACUUACAUAAUGUAUGUGUGCCUAAUAUGUAUACAGGCGAUGUGGAUAUAACACGGACACGGAUGUACGGUUAAGCAUGUUUAAGGUAGUUAGCGGUUUGGAUGGCAAUCUUUCCCAUUCACCAUAUGGGAAAAGCUACUUUGUUCGCCGCGGGUUCGAACUACGGCCUAGUGUACGAGUUCCCCCCUAUCGAAACUGAACUGCCCUAGAGAGAAUUGAUCAGAGUACUUUCAGGUCAUUGUGCCGGUCUUCGGCAGACGUGACAUGACCUAAGGACUUUCCCGUCAACACUACUGGAUGAUGCAGUGCGCCUGUCUACACUGGAUCACACGCUGCGGCUGUGUGACCGUGCCGUGGUCACGCUCCGCGACGUUGCCCGCAGUGUAACACACUCGACUGCGUGGUUUGAAGUGUGCCGAUUUAGAGCUGCCAGGCUACAGACAGCGGUGCGGUAUUCUCUGCUCUGUUGGGUUGUGGGCACGACUGUGCCGAGCCGUAUGUGGUGGUAGCUGAGUGAGGUAUAGCAUUACGCGAC